AUGAUUCAAUCCGAGCUCUUUAUAUUCAAUGUCGGCAAAGGUGACGGAAAGAAAAGUAUUGCAGUGCAUUCCAAAGCCGUCGCCACAAAGUCUGCGUAUUUUUGGGCGCUUAUGAAUAAUGGCAUGGCAGAGUCGCGUGAGAGAACGGUGGAGUACACCGACAUUGAACCUGAAGACUUUGCCCGCUUUGUCGAGUAUGCAUAUCGCCAUGAUUAUACUACCCCGUCGUGGGUGCAUGAAAAAACGCAUAUGGAAGAUCAGGCGUUGCCUGUCCAAGAGACUGUGAUCGCAAUCAGAGAGCCAAUAACUCGGUCAAUAGUUGAUAUUGGCCCUAUUUUAAUAGACCCACAUCGCCAGCCUUCUUCAACAUCCCGGCUUGGUCAACCAUCACUAGAAAACAGAUGGGAGAACUGGGGCAGCGAUAAGAUCAGUAAGAAGAAGAAGAAGUCCAAACCUGAAGGCGUAGUGAAUCUACGCGCUGGUUUCAACAAGCUCAGUUACCUCACCUCAAGCGAACCUCAAGCAGCCAUGCUUGCGGCUUUCAAGCCCCAGUAUAACACCGCGGUCGAUCAGGAUUUUACACCAGUCUUCCUAGCACACGCACGACUAUACACAUUUGCUUGUAUGCGUGGAGUCGACCCGCUCAAACGCUUGACACUACACAAGCUCCACCAGACGCUAGUCGGCUUCCAGCUUUAUAUGCGACGCGCAAGUGAUAUUGUUGAGCUCGCAAGAUAUGCAUAUAGGCAGGGCGACGACAGGAAGGACGACGGCACAAAGGACGAAUUGAGGCAGCUAGUGCUCGAGUACAUUGUAUGUGAGGUGACGACUUUUGGGAAACAUCCAGCCUUUCUAGACUUGCUACAUGAAGGUGGGGAGUUUGUCGUCGACUUUUGGAGUUUGGCGUACAAAGAGGAGUUUGAGGCGUGA